CGUGCAUUCCUCACGUUAAGGAAUUACUUUUAAUUAUCUGGUAGGAUAUGGGAUGAAUACACAGCUUAAAAUAACAAAACCAGAACGCGUGACUCGGAGGUCCAGGUAAAUCAGAAGCACUGGAGUGUAGCCAUUGUUGACAAACGUCUAAAUCCGCGUUUUUAUUCUGCGGUUUGAAUUACCGAUUUAUGUUUCCGCAUAAGCUGCACAGGCGGUUGAAUGUUUGUAUGAAUUAAACAUUUCAUUCAUGUUAUGUUUAGGAAUUAUGAAAGAAGAAGGGAAGACGAAAUAAUAGAGGGUGUGUAAAUUUACAACCUGGGUGAAAUCUACAACUUCUGUUUUAAUGACGUAACUAAGUUAUAUCACAUCCGGAAGAUAAAUGGAAUUGAACAACAUGGGGUAUUGGAUGUGUAUUACCUAUAUUCUGCUUUUCUUACCCUUGAAAUGCAUGUCCUCUUCACGCUGUUACUAUUCUGAUGGUCAACCUGAGGGUUAUUGUCAUGAGCAGACGUUUUCAGAAACUGGUCAAGUCCGUUUUGCAGCAACUAUUGGGAUUCACGAACCACAUGGUGAUCACCUGUGUGGUGACAUAUCCCCCAGUGGGGUCCAAACUGCUAUGGCAGUCAAAUGGAUAGUAGACAUUUUAAACGGGGCAGGGAACUUUGUCAACGCUUUUGUGCCAGGCAUAAAAUUGGGUUAUGACAUUUAUGACGAUUGUGGGAUUAUAUCACGUUCAACUGAUGGCGUUUCAGAACACGUUCCAAACACAGAUCCUAAUAUUUCUUUGAAAUGUGAUGAUCAAUGUCCAUCGACACAACCACCAUUUUUAGGGUUGCUGAGUUCAAGUACACCAGAGGCUACGUCUGCUGCCCUCUCUGUACUUUCCCCCGCCAUCACAGGCGUGACGUCCCAGUCGAAUUACAAAGAAAUAAAUGACAGACGAUUGAUGUUUACAUUGCCAGAAGAAGAAGAAAUCAAGGGAAUUGUGAAAUUGAUGGAACAUCAAAAAUGGUCUAUGAUAGCUGUUUUAUAUUUGGAUGACCAACACGGUGCCGCAAUGUAUGAGAAUCUAGUAAAUCAAUCUCAAAAAUCAGGAAUAUGCUUGGUUUAUACAGCUCAGUUGAAGGAAAAGGAUGUAACAAAAUCUACAACCCAAUUAAAGCCAAUCAUUGAAGAAUUAGAAAAGAGACAGAAGAAACUUGUUGACGAAAAGUUAAGUGUAGUGUUCCUGGGAAACACAAAAACAGCGAAAAUACUUUUUGAAUACAUAAGUAACCGUGAAACCAACGUAAUAAUUCAUAAACUGCAAUGGAUUUUGCCUUCAAAUAUAAAUCUGGAUUAUACUCUGAAAAACACGUUGAAGAAGUCCUUAACUCAACAGCAACAGAGUCAACCAAAAGUCAUACUUGUAGAAAAACAACACAGAUCUUUGACAUCUUUCAAAAAUUUCUUCGUAGAUGAGCUGGUGAAUUCGAAUAAGUACAAUCAGUUGCCCAAACCUUAUUUGGAUCAGUAUGAGCUUCAGAUGUUGGGUCCCAACGGUGGAAAUAAAAAUGAUCUUUCUGCAGUAUACAGACAACCAGGAAGCGUGCUCCCUACCGUGACAGCCAUUAUGAUGUUUGCUUCUUCACUGCGUAAAAUGCAGAGAGAACUGUGUUCUACCCAAAGUAAUUUACAAUUUUGUCCCGAAUUGCGAUCUAAUUUAACUAACGAGUUUCUCCGUCUUGAUACAUCGAGUUUUGAAGAUAUAGAAAACUCAAAUGUCAUUCCAGAUGAAUUGAAAAAUCUCACUUUAACAAAUGACAGUUUUGCGUUUUCUUUCCAAAGUCUUCAUGAUCUUAAAUUCUCUUUGUUUGAUUCUUCAGGCGCAACACUACAAAAGCUAGCAAGCCUCAAGAAUGAUGAAAUAGUUGUAUAUGAUGAAUCCAAGUUGCUAGAGCUAACAUCAGAAUGCAAGUUAACCUGCGAAGAGUGUUGGAAUACAGAAGACAUUGAGUUUGCGUAUAUUCCAGGUGAUGUUUUACUUCUGGGAAUCUUCUCACUGCGGGAGGAUGGAUCAACAUCUUCCACAGAUUCGGCAAACAAAUACAAAUGUGGCGCAUUCCGAAAUUCUUACGCACCUAUCACUGUCUCUUCAUUUCUACACUCCAUUGAAACCCUACAGGAGCAAAACCUUGCUAGUACUUCUGUCGGAGGCAUUGCCCUAGAUGACUGCUACAAUCCACUAAGUAUUUCGUAUAUCUUGUCUGAAUUAUUUACAGGAAAGCGUCACUUAACUGAUCCAGAGUCUGGAAAGAUGAUUGACUUCAGUAGAGUUAUUGCUGUCAUUGGUGCACUGUCCAGUAAGGUUACACAAAUAAUAGCUGAUCAAUUGAGUUUACUUGAUAUCCCCUUGAUAUCUUAUGGUGCUUCCUCUGCUUCUUUGGAUGAUAGAAUCCGAUAUCCUUUAUUCCUGCGAACAGUUCCAAGUGAUCAUUUCCAGGUCCAGGGUUUGGUCGACUUGCUAGAAAAAUUAAAAUACAGCCAUGUGGGAGUUAUAUACCUAGACGACGCGUAUGGUCAAAAUGCCAAACAAUCGUUUUUAUCUAUGACAGAGCACAUGAAGAUGUGUGUUGAGGAACCCCUUCCUAUUACAGAAGAUUUCACAUCUCAACAACUAGAACAAAUAAUCGAAACAUUGACUGCUCAAAGAGUGAAAGUUGUCCUGUACAUUGGAAUUGACACGGUGUCUGAAAUGUUGUUGGAUAAGCUUAAGUCAAGUAUUGCUGAUGUUCAUUUUACUUUUGUUGCCAGCGAAGGAUGGGGAACAAAUACCAGGAUUCUAGCAGGGGACAGAGGCAAGGCUGCAGCAGGGGCCUUAGUUUUUGUCACUCACGACAGCUUCGAUAUGUCCAAUUCUUUCAAGACCUACUUAGAAAAUAUUACCUCUUCUUCUCAAACUAAAAAUCCAUGGAUGAGACAGUUCUGGCAAAUAGUGCUCGAAUGUGAUUAUCCGGGUUCCUUCAAUAAACGGUAUACUAAAACCUGUGGUACAGGGAUCAAAUUUUCAGCACAACAAGUUGAAAAUUUCUCCAAAUCCCAGAGAAGUGUUCAUGUUCAAAAAGCUACCUUUGCUUUAGAAAAAGCUUAUCGCCAAGUGAUGAAUGUUGUUUCAUGCCAGACUUUUCGAAACCGGGAUUGUGCCGACAAAUUUAUUUCUGCCAUCAAAUCCACUGAACUUGUGAAAAGUAACGGUGAACGAUUAAGAUUGUUUAAAGAUGAUGGAAAUGGAUACAUGGGAUUCAUUGUAUACAAUAUUCAAGCAGUCGGUCAAUAUAAUUACGAAUAUGUUAAUGUUGGUUCGUAUUCAUCAACAGAUGGCGAAAAAUUAAAAUUAAACAUUACAAGGAUAAAAACGUACAAAGAGGGUAACCCUCCCAUUCCAGAAAAUGACCUACAAGCAACAUGUGAAGCGGCAAGAUCUUUGAGAGCGCCGUGCCUUGCAGUUUGUCCCGUGACAUCCACCUUGCAGCCAACUACAACUGCAGCUACUACGCCUUUACCAAAGGAGCAGACGUCAGACAAUAGUACUCCUCUGAACAUCACCUUGGCUGUAGUGAUAGGUGUUCUGCUGCUCGUUCUUAUAUUCCUAACAGUAAUGAUGUGUAGGCAACAGAAAGCCACUCAGUCAUUCCAAAGUAAAGAAAUGAUAAUGAAAAGUCCAAGUUUGGGAAGUUUGAAUAUCUAUGAAGAACCUUAUAGAGAAAGACGAAAACGUACAACAUCUUUUGAACAUGGUGAGCACGUCAAUUCUUCGACAAGCGGGGUAGUAUCAAUGAGAUCAGGCCACUCUGGAUCCCGAAAUGUGUCCAACAGCACAACGCAAAGUGUUAAAACACCAAUUAAAUAUUCCGACGUCUUACAGUUAGAAGUUCCAUCAAACGAUAUUUUGAAACACGGAUCGCGUGCCUCAGUUGCUACAUAUCUGGACCCUGCAGAUAACAAUAUUCCCCAAAUUCAGAUUACACAAGAUGACUCUAUGUUAAGAAAUCCCAAACACAAUGUAAAUGAACAACAAAGAUCACGUUCAUCUGACAAUUUGGAAGAUACAGAUUCAAAGCUUAACUAUAUCCAAGCAAAGGAUCUUGAAAUAGAAGAUGAGGACGAACUAGCCCAGCAAGAAUUGGACUUAAAUUAUCGGCAACGUGCAAUUUCACUGAAUGAUAGCGUGGUAAGUGGUCAAUUUAAUGACCCCUUUCAACGCCCAACUACUUUACCUGGGAUAUCGCCCCUCACUGUACCAGGCAGCAGAGACCAAAUGGCGAUCCCGUCCUAUCAAGCACCAGUGCCAUCCUCGCACAUAUCUCCCAUGUACCUUGAUGCUAUUCAUGACACUCAAGCCAUGUAUCCAGGUAUUCCGAUACAGUUUCAAGGAAAUCCAAACAAUGCACAACUUUUAAUGGUUUCGCCUGGUACAUAUGUACCGGCUAUGGGAUACCCAGGAAAUCCUUCCUCUGGUUAUCAACAUAUAUACAUUCCAACUGCUCCACAUUCAACUGCUGGUUACCAGAUACCAACUUCUUUUGCAAACCAAGAUGUUAGGCGACCACGAGGUUCAUCCCUUUCAGCUGGUGUUCAGCCGUCUUCAUUGAGUCCGCAAAUCGCUUUUUUAAAUACAAACCAAAGAAGUGAUAUGCCACAGAGUGUUCAUGGUGUAGUUUUACGUAAUAAUAAAGAGGGUGAAUUUGUGUCCAGCACUUUGCCAGCAUACAAAAACAAAAGUAAAGAUCAGAGAGAGCAUUACCAUUCUAUGACGUCGAUGCCUGACGUCAUUUCUCAUGAACAUGAUGAUGGAACAGAAAUUAUGAUUUAGAAAAACAAACAUGUUAUGGUUGACUUUAAUUAAAUGAUGUUAUUAAUGCUUAUGAAUGAUUUUUUUUAAAGUUAGCAAUGUAUAAAUGGAAAAAAUGUAUAUGCAAGAAUGUUUUAGCCAAGGUUCAUUUGAAGUUCUUCUAGAACUCUAAAAUUUCGUAUCCCAUAUUUUGUUUUAUUUGUUCUUUAAUAUAAAACCUGUUUACAGUAUUAGUUAGAAAAUAUAAAUUUAUAUUUUGACAACUGCAUAGUUGUACAUCCACAUAUAUUUAAGUAUGAGCUCAACUGAUAUAUGAUUUCAUAUAUCUGUU